AUGCCCUGUGUGUCGAGGUCGCAGGAGGGCGCGAAGGGGAUCACCAACUUCAAGACGACGCCCUCAAGAGGGGACACGACGAAGAAAUCGACGCCGUCAUCCGAUCCCGCGGGAUCUAGGCUUUCACCCGAAGAUGUGAACCCGAGGCAGCGAAGGCCGAAGAGCUCCACGACCGCCCCCAAGAAGUACGGCGACAUCCGCAGACGUCGCGCGGUCAGGCUUUCGCCUGGAGCAAAUGAGCCACCACUCCCUCACGCGGCCGGACAGCGAGACGAAGACCGAAGACACUGCCAGCCCGCACUCCGCAGACACACCUCAUGUGCAGAAGCGGCGCCACCGCCGCACACAAGCCACCACCGCCACCACAACCAGACUAAGGAGCUCCACGAGCUCCGCUGCCACCACCCGCACCGCGCGGGGCCGAAAGCCGAGUCGCACCACUGCUGCCAACCAAGCUCGCCGAGAAGAGCUCUGCGGGCGCCGCCAACCGCCACAGAGAGGGAGCUUCGACGGAUGCCAACACAGGGGUUCGAGGCCGAGCCGUCGGCCGCAGUAGCGCGAGCUCCCCGGUUCAGCCGCCAUGCCGCCCCCGCAGCCACAACAGCCGCCAAGCCACCCAGCGCGCACAGGGCCGCCGCCCCGCCAUCCAGCACCGCACCCGCCCCCGCAGCCUCGCCGGUGAAGGCCGGGAGGGAGGACACCGCCUCUGCCCCGAGACAGCGCGACAAGGGGCAAGCUCGCGUAGGCCUGCAGGAGCCCAUCUGGGCCCGUGCGCGCGCCGCCAAGCCCCGCAACGCCCCGCUCCGCAGCACCACCACCGCGCCCCGACCACGACCAGGCCGCGCGCCACCACGGCCGCCCGCAGCCCCGCCAGCGCCCAGCCACCGGCCCACACCGCGCCCGCCGCACCUCGUCACGCCCGGGGGGCCGCUCCGACCCGUUACAAGGGAGCUGGUCCGGCUCGACCAGCUCCCAACCCUAUCCGCGCCCGCCACCCUCCCGCCCCGCGCCGCCACCCUCCUCGCCCCGCGCCCGCACCUCUCCCCGUCGCCGGCCGCCCCGCACGGUUGCCGUCGGCCGCCCGCGCCCGCACCUCCCCGUCGCCGGCCGCCCCGCACCCUCCCCGUCGCCGGCCGCCCCGCAGCCUGGCCGUCGGCCGCCCGCGCUGCCCCUCCCUUCCCCGGCCGCCCUCCUCCCUCGCCCCGCCCUUCCCCGGCCGCCCUCCUCCCCUCGCCCUCUCCCUUCCCCGGCCGUCCCGCCUCGGCCCCCGCCCCGCAGCACACCGCGCCGCGCCACCCCUCCUCCCUCCCGCAGACACGCCGCAGCGCCCCCCUCCUCCCGCAGCACACCGCCCGCCCCCUCCUUCCGCAGCCGUGCCGCCCGAGCCUCUCCUCCCCUCACUGGCCGGCUCCAUGGAGAGCUCAAAGGCACCGGCGUGAGCACCCCGACGUGACGACCCGGGAUCUUGACGCGAUUCGCUCCGGCCACCGACAUCGCCACCUCCACGUUCGACAUCGCCACGCGAUUCUCUCCGUCCGCCGAGGGUGA